CUGCUACGGCCAUAUCACGUCGUUGUCUCUGGACGAGAGCGAAGAUGGAAUCAUGCGCCACUUGCUGUGUUGGGAAUUGAGAAGCCCCAGCUUAUUGUCGACAAAAGUGAUUCUGCGUCACGAGAGACAAUGGACGAGCUCGAAUAUGCAGUCCAUGGCGAGCUGGGCGCCGUGCCUGUAGCUGAGGUACAGAUAUAGCGCGUCACCAUAUCACGCCCAGCCCGCAUCCAGCAUAUCAACGUAAGCUAAGUCGCCAUGGUGCUCGGUAUCUCAAAGUUCAAGCAUGGCUGGGUACGACCUUUGCAGAUUCGCGUAAGAGGUUACAGCCGUUGAACUACGUCAGAUUCGUUCGGAUCGACUGUAGCCAAAGAGUGCGUGGAUCUUGCCAACUAACAUUGCAGCGCUUCGGCAAUCAUUAGACCGAAUCUAUACAUAUGUAAACAUCCUUUGCGCUGCGCUAGAGGACACCGGUCAUUGAAUCAGGCUGAGGAUGCGCUUCGAUCUCGACCAACCUCUGGUGGCUGUUGAAUAGCGGUGUUGGGCCAGGCUCAAGACGUUCCCUCCUUUAUGUCAGACGCACGAAACUUUCAACCAAUCCACCUGCAUCUUAUCUGCUUAGAAAUGGCCGAGGACUAUACCGUACACCACAAGGCCCGAAGGUACGGGUACUGGAUCCAUGAGAGAACCCAACCGUUGUUCUUCCCGGCUUCGAAUGACGGGAUCUGAUUGCCAUGACAGCUGGACUUGACACACCGGUUGGAUUGUGUAACCAACCUCGGCUUCACAGGUUACACAGUAACACAAGUAUCGUCCAGUCAAACAUGCCUCAUCUGCAAGUGGACGAGAGCAUUGCAAUUCCAACUGGGAAAACUUGGAAGUGAGGGGACAAUGUCAGCCGCAGGAGCCAGGGUAGCUUUGCUCUUCCAUCGCCAAAACCUAGCAGUCACCUGGCAAAGUACAGUUUUGGGGCGUAGAGAGAAGAACAAGCGAGUACUGCAGUUGGUGCUCUUACGAACCACGAGGCACAUGUGAGCUGUGCGUGGCUGCAUGAGAAGUUGGACAACAGCUCUCGCGUGCCAUGUCAGUUUCUCUUGGAUAAGGCAAACAGUCGACAAACAGUCGACUCAACUCGCGAAACUUGGACCCGAACAGGAUCAUGCUAGCAAGAAGGCGACCUUUGCCCGCAUGAAAAACUGCCACGUCAGUACUCUAUUUCUGCACCAUGCAUGCACCAGCAUUUCUAUCACCUCCAUCACCAAGCUGCGACUGGUCGGGAUUGUAGGCGAAGCAACCAGCGCGGGAGACUAUGUCACCGUUACCACCAAUGGAGAUUCCCCUGCUGAUCACGGGUUAUCAAUUGUCCUCCAGCUAAAUCGAAGCAUCGUGACUGCGACGCCGACAGACCGCAUCAGGAUGUGGUGGAGACAUGUGAUGAUCAUUCCCACUCGCUAUCACCCCCGGUCGGAAGGCUCACGAGCUAGCAGAGCUAGAUUGAGCUGGCGCCGCCCGUGGCGGGCCGUGUCGAACCAGACGGCCGACUGACGGGGCGCCCCAUCUCUUAUCCAACGGUUGGUACUGCAUCAAGCCUCCUUUCUCUGCUGUGCGAAAACGGGGCAGUCUGCCGUACUGACCACUCGUCUCCCGGUUUGCUUGUGAUGGAAUUUGCAUCUUUUUGUGCAACCAAGAAAAGAGACUAUGCAGCCUGCUUCGCGUACAGUCCGCUACAGUUUUAGUGGUGACUGGACAUGGCUGUAGUUUGCAGUCCGCAGAGGCGACCACUCUCAGGCGACCGCUGGCGAAGUCGUGCCGUUCAAGUUGUCCCAGUCUGGGGCCCCCCUCCACCGCUCUUUGUCCACCUCAUCGUCCUCAUGCCGCUCCUCUGCUGCAGUUUAAAAGGAAGACUUCAACCCUCCUCCCACCCUCUCCCUCCUUCAUCUUUCACCAUACUCUCCCGCUCUCGUCUGUAAGACACAGCAACUAGCCGGGCAGUUCCCUUUACCAACAACUUUCAAAGCACGCCUUCAUCAACUGUUUCCCACUUGGACACACCUUAAGGACCCAAUACUCUACCCAGGGAUCAAUUACCAAAUCAAGCCGGACAAGUCCCAGGAUCGCCGUGCUUCGCUUUGCAUUUUUCUUUGUCGUUGUACCAGCUCCGUGGAUUUUACCCAGGAACUUGAAACUCAAUUGUCAACGACUUCUCAACACUUUAUUCAACCACUCUGACUGGAAAUAGCACAUUUUCAGGUACUGCACUGUUUUUCUUUUUUGCCUCUUCACUGCCGUCGACGCCUGCUGCGAAAGUUGGCAACUGCCGCUUACGCAUAUGGCCGUCCAACCGGGGCUAGCUACCCUGAUACACCGUCCCUCGCGCUGUGUCAACCUGUUGGUUUGAUCGGUGCUCAGAUGAGUUGACGGCUUCGUGCCGUCCUCGUCGGGGAUUGAAAUGAAAUGAAGCUCGAUGCCACAAGGAACUUUCCAAUGGACAUCCAUGGACUAUGCCAGAGAAUCCGGACAAAAUUACUUCCAGGGACUGAUUACUCGUCAUGGCCACCUACUCUUCCGUGGACCUUUCUUGCUUUAUUCCCAGGAUAUGCACUGCCAGGACCGUGGAAAUUCUGGACCAACCAUGAUGGCCGACCUUGCCAUCACAGUUAACUGUCAUGUCUUUCUUUCUGUUGAUACCUUCCGGACUUUAUCGGGCCUGUUAACUACCGGUGGCGCAUGGAGCUUAUAUACAUGUUACUCUCUGUGACAACACCGUUCGAAGGACUUACGCGACAUGAUGCCCCCUGCUGUCACGCUACUAACUGUUGCCAUUGCUGCGUUUCAACCGCAUGUUGCCUGAUGAUGUCCCGACUGGAAAAAUCUGUUGCUCCCGUGGCCUUUGCUAUCAGACUGGUCUUGUUUUUCUCUCUUGCCUACCCUCGGCAACAUGGACUGGCCAUCAUCGACUAUCUGACCUAGGCAGCCCUAUCCGUGUUCUCAACAAGCUACAACAAUGGACCUCCAGCUCCUCAAUCAGCGCGCUUGCAAACAACUUACACCCUGUUAAUCCUCUGUUACUGGAAAGACGCUUGAUACAACCGCUUUCCAGGCACACUUUGGUCGUUCCUACCUGGUCAACAUGUGGCUUUCUCUAGGGCAUCGUCAUCCUCCAGGCUUUCAUAUUGCAGAUGCCGCGUGUCCAAGUACUAACGUUUAUUAUCUUGAUAGAAAUUGCUCUUCUGGAACUGGCUUGCAAACAAUGCCUCCGAAACCAAGACAUUCCCAGCCAAAAGUGGCCACUCAAACUCCAGGAUUUCAGACCCGGGUAUCCAGGACUAUGCCGGUGACAUAUACAGAACCCAUGGAUUUCAGGCCUCAUGGAAUGAAUGAAGGGCUUACUAGCUCUCACUUUGCUUAUGCCUCAUCUUCGUGGGCACCAGGCCGCCACUCCAGCUCCGGAACAGGUCCUCUGUCAACCGGGUCAUACUCAGAUAGUGACGAUUAUGUCGUCGUGACCUCUUCCGCCAUGGCUUAUCCCUCGUUGAGCAUCUCCGAAAGUCCUUACAAUAUGCCGAUGAUGUCCAGCAUGUCCGGAUUUGACUCCGACCCGGCAUAUGAAUUCCUGACAGAUGAUGUUGUGUCUGGAACCAGUGCCGCCGACUUGAAACUCGCCCAAACAAACUACCAAGGACAAGGCCAGACACAAGACCUCAUGGAGCCCAGCUACAUAUCCAUGGAUUCCGUGGAUUCUUCCAGUCUGUACAUGCCAGGAGUGAUGAACAACUUCUAUUCCUCGGAUCUUUCUUGGCAGAACCGGAUCUUGACACCCCCGCCAGAGGAUUAUGUCCAGGAAAUCUUGCCACAGCAUUUCUUGACUGCCCAGGACUACCAGUCGGAUCUUUGCCAGCAUAACCGGACUCUUUCCGCCCACAACGAGACGAUUGCCACACGGAAGUCAUCAUCGAGCAGCAGCAGCAGUACCCGCCGGAGCCUUCCGCAACCCCGGCCAUUGCGGUCCGCUUCGGAACGAAGUGACUCAACAACUGGAGACUACUGCACCAGGAUGUCUGAAGCCGAACUUGAAGUCUCCAGGGACGAGCAAGUCGACAAACUCAAGGCCAGAAGCAAUCCGCUCUAUGAUGCCAAGCCGGACAGGGAUGGAUGGUACCGAUGCCCCUUGGUCAAGGAGGCCAAAUGCGCCCACAAGCACAAGCCCACCAAACAGAGGUGCAUCUACAACAAAUACCUGGACUCUCAUCUGAAGCCCUACAAAUGCCGAUUUGCGGACCGACCGGAAUGCGAAGAUGCCAGGUUUUCAUCCAACGCAUGUCUUUUCCGCCAUGAAAGAGAGGCCCACGGACUCCACAACCACGGACUGAAUCCGUUCCUGUGCAAGUUCCCGGAUUGCGACCGUGCUCGCGAGGGGAAUGGAUUUCCUCGCCGAUGGAAUCAGCGCGACCACAUGAAGCGUGUUCAUGAAUAUGUCGAGGAAGACUCGCCCAUGGAUCGUACGGCUGCAACAACCUCUCACGACCAGGCCAAGAGACGAAAAGUCCCAGUCCAGGAUGCCACUGCUCCUACAUCAACAGCCAUGAAGAGGACCAGCUCAUCAGCCCACGCGCGUGCCCAGGCCAUGGCCGCUGCCACCGUUUCUCCAAGGUACUAUGGUCGCACUGUCAGCCAGUCUCGGUAUAAUGCUCCAAGCAUGUACCAGUGAACUGACUAGCAAUGUCAUGUCAUGUCAAGCCACACACUGGAUGGAUCAUCUAGCACAGAAUGUGUCCCAGGAAAUGGAAUAUAUAAUCCCAAGGACAGAUUUAUUCCAGCCCAGGUGGACGCAGUGGCAAUCAAUCCCAGGCUCUGCCCCCUCCUGUACGGCCAUAUGCUUGUGCGCCUGCGCCUGGACAAUAAUAAUGCAUGAACGACAUCUACCCGAUCCAUAUGUACACACGGCUGUUGAAGCUUGCAAGCCCGGAGUCCUCCUUUUGUUUUCCCUUUUCAUCAACUGCAGCUGCCAGAGGUGCCAACUUCCCCUCAAGCAUGCCAUGGCGUUGCCAUACUGCCCAAGAAAGAAAUCAGACCGGAGAAGAGAGUGAGUGGGAACCAGUCCACUCUUCUGAACCAGAAGUCCAGUCCAUGCCAUCCAGGUGACCAUGUCCCAGAAAAGAAGAGAAUAGAUGCAACAGACACAAACACAGACAAACCUAGCAUGCCAUUACCAUACCGGAAGGAGCUCCUCAAUCAGGCCACUGCAGCUGAUACCAGUCACGCAUACAUACCUAGUACCUACGGCGCCACGCCGUAUUCUGGAGCAGGAAACUCACGCAUCACCCUCCGGGCAAGGGUGCAUGUUUUUCUUUUUGAUGUUCUCAUCAUCAACCUGGAUGUCGGCCACCACUACAUACCUGUUAUCUACAGUAUCUAUCCAAUCCGCAGGAAAUGAAAUGCAAUGCAUGCCGGAACCCGGGACCAGGGACCAGGGACUCUGCUUAAGUGUUGGCUAAUGCUGUUGUGAUGCGCUGCGUCGGUUGCUAUUGCUAUUUUAUCCACUGGAAAUGCAUACAUGCCGGGAACUGAACUCCACUUACUUACGUCGCUAAUGUUAUUAUUGUUGCUGUGUCGUGUGGAGGACCCCCACACUUCUGACCAGUUUCCCAGUGUGUGGCUUAUUUUACGACUUUGUGUACCCAUGGAGGCUAGAACAUAGACGUUGUUUUCUGAUCGACUUUAAUUGACAAAAAUACGAUACUACCAAUUGCUCAUCGAUCACGUCGCAAGCAAGCAAACUAUCGAGCUACGUUGUGCCGCGACCCUAGUGGCUGUCUCUUUGUCUGUCCGGUUUAAGCCGCACGCAGGCCAUGAAGUUGCAAUGGCUAGGUACAGAGUAAUAUGCAGUAGGAACAGGGAUGGUCAUGUUGUAAUAAUCAAUAGAUGGGUCUUAUCUUACCCUAUACCUUGCGGUAGAACCACCCCAGAGCAAACCUGGUUUGCUCGCCUUGAUGACACCCAGCUUUCUAUCCAUGAGGAG